UUUUACUAAAACUGUACUUUGAGACGACAAAGGCCAAUCUCCACUUCCCCAGACGAGCAAACUCAGAGAAGGGAGCGAGAGAAAUGGAGAACGGCGGCGGCGGCGGCGGCGUAGGCGACGUCCCUGACGACGCCAACGAGCAUUGCCCUGGAACGCAGUCGGAGGAGGCGGGGAAGGUAGAUGCCUGCGCCGGAUGCCCUAACCAGCAGAUUUGCGCUACCGCGCCCAAGGGCCCUGAUCCCGAUGUGGUUGCUAUUGUUGAGCGGAUGGCUACUGUGAAACACAAGAUAUUAGUUUUGUCCGGAAAGGGAGGUGUUGGAAAGAGCACAUUCUCGGCCCAGCUCUCGUUUGCCCUAGCUGAAAUGGACCAUCAGGUUGGCCUUCUUGACAUAGAUAUCUGUGGCCCUAGCAUCCCAAAAAUGUUAGGCCUGGAGGGUCAGGACAUUCAUCAAAGCAACCUUGGCUGGUCUCCGAUCUAUGUCGAGUCCAACCUUGGUGUGAUGUCGAUUGGUUUCAUGCUGCCUAACCCAGAUGAUGCUGUCAUAUGGAGGGGUCCUCGCAAGAAUGGACUGAUCAAGCAAUUCUUGAAGGAUGUCGAUUGGGGGGAGAUAGACUAUCUUGUUGUGGAUGCACCUCCAGGAACAUCUGAUGAACACAUCUCAAUUGUGCAGUAUCUGCAAGCCACAGGAAUCGACGGUGCGAUAAUUGUCACGACUCCGCAGCAGGUCUCUCUAAUCGAUGUGAGGAAGGAAAUAAACUUCUGCAAGAAGGUUGGUGUCCCGGUCUUAGGUGUUGUGGAGAACAUGAGUGGCCUGAGGCAGUCACUCUCAGAUCUCAGGUUCGUGAAGCCAGGUGAGGCAGGCGAGACAGAUGCUACAGAAUGGGCGCUGAACUACAUCAAGGAGAAAGCCCCCGAGCUUCUGUCUGUUGUGACGUGCACCGAGGUGUUCGACAGCAGCAAAGGCGGCGCGGAGAAAAUGUGCAAUGAAAUGGGGGUCCCUUUCCUCGGUAAGGUGCCCAUGGAUCCGCAGCUGUGCAAGGCGGCCGAUGAAGGGCGGUCAUGCUUCGUCGAUCAAAAGUGCAGCGCCAGUGCGCUGGCUCUUAAGAUCAUUGUCAAGAAGCUGAUCAAGACCGAGUGAGACAAUAGUGUUGGCCUGCUGGGAACCAGUUACUGAACAACGAGUGAUACGACUAUGUCAGGCUUCUCAGUGUACGUCGUGCGUUACAUGCGUAGGUUGUCUUAGCGCUAAGUCUUGGUCCCGUCUGAGAUUUUGUUCCUUAAUAAUCACUCUUGUGAUGACACAUCAGCACAGGUCAGAGGGAUGCGAAAGGCAAUACGACUAAUUCUGAGCUGCAACCUGACGCUUGCAUUUGUUA